GGCGGCGGCACUCCUCCUCCUCCUCCACCCACCCUCGCGCUCUCGUAAGGCGGGCACAAGCCGUCCCAGCCACGCAGAGCCGGCGCAGGAGGCUGGGCUCCAGCACACGGCUUGAGAUGCAUUGUUCCUGUGGGGAGGCUCGGAGCUGGAGCUGGCGGCGAGGGUGGCGACGGCGAGGGUUGGUGGCUGCGGAGCCCCUCCAUCUCGGGCCUCUCGCUGUUUCCCUUCGCGCCGCGGGGCUGUAGGAAGCGGGCCCAGCGGCUCUCCAACGAUCCCUGCUGUCCUCCGUCGCUCGCCUCUCUUCCCCUGAACCGUUGGGCUGAGCACAGGCGGGGGCAGGGCAGCGCAGGCGCCUCCAAGGGGCUGGUGAUGCCCACAGCUGGGAAGGGGCAGCCGGCGCUGGCGCCCUCGCCAGGUAACCCUGACCCUGCCCGCCCGGCGCGGAGCUGUCCAAAGGGGGAGGCGACCCGCAGGAGCUGUUCGUGGUGCUGAAACCCUAUACGCGGGAGCCGCGUCAGUUAAGGUGCGCCGCUGCCCUCCGGGAACCCCGUCUGCUCCCAACGGCGAGUUCCAGCCCAGCGCCUCCUCCAGCGCGGAGCUGUCCAAAGAGGGCGGCGACCCGCAGGCUCUCUCCCUGGUGCUGAAAAGCCUUGCGAGAGGAGGAGUGCCAGGAAGGGGCUUUGAACGGUGCACCUUUGCCCUCCCUGAUCCCUGCCUCCACCUGGCCCGGCUGCUCCCAUCGGUCGGUUCCAGCCCAGCGCCUCCUCCUCCUCCCGCCCUGAUCCAGUUGCACGGCGACUAAGCUACUAGAUCUGGUGGAGAAAGGGGACCCAGCCGCGUCUGCUUUUCCAGGAACCAUGGCUGCGCUAACGAAGGUGGCCGCGGCCUCUUCCCUGCUGGUGGUGGUCCUUUGCGUGGGUGUCUGCUCUUCAGUCUGCGUUGAAGUACCGUCAGAGACAGAGGCAGUCCAAGGGUCACGCAUGAAGCUGCUGUGUAUCUCCUGCAUGAAGCGAGAGGAGGUUUCUGCCAACACUCUGGUUCAGUGGUACUAUAAGACCGAAGGGGGCAUAGAUGAGCCUAUCUACAAGUACGAAAAUGAGAAGCAGGAACUUGGGAGCCGCUUCCGUGGUCGGCUCCAAUGGGACGGGAGCAUAGACAUGCAGGAUGUGUCCAUCUCCGUGCUCAACAUCUCUUUGAAUGAUUCGGGGAUCUACACCUGCAAUGUCACUCGGGAAUUCAACUUCGAGGUUCAUCGACCAGUUGUCACCCGCUCUACACUGAUCCGUCUCACGGUGGUGGAGGAGGCUGGAGAAGACUUCACAUCUGUCAUCUCUGAAAUAAUGAUGUAUAUUCUCUUAGUCUUCCUCACUUUGUGGCUGCUGGUAGAAAUGAUCUACUGCUACAGGAAAGUUGCCAAGGCAGAGGAGGUUGCUCAGGAAAAUGCGACUGACUACCUCGCCAUCCCUUCAGAAAACAAGGAGAACUGUGCUGUGCCAGUGGAGGAGGAGUAGAAGAUGAAACCACGUAGGCGUACAGUGUGCAAAAAAAGGUGAAAAAGCUCUGUGCAAAUCACAUGGCAGCAGGGGAGGGCAUUGGCUGCCUAGCAAAUCCAAAUCUGUGUGCAGGCACCACCAUGGGGGGCAUUCAUGAUCUCAAGGCCCAAGGAAGCUACUGAGCAUAUUUGAAAAUGUUCAGAUAUGAUCUGUGGGUGGAAUGUGGAUUGCCGUAGACAGGUCUGCAAUGGUUCCAAGUGACUCCAACAGCAAGAACUCUUCCAGAGAUUAUGGAGUAGAAGACAUGGUACCAUCUUGAGAUUUCCCCCCUUGUAUGUAUUUUGCUGAAGGUAAGAGUCCAAAGCAGUCUUCCUGACAGAGAAUUCAAAGUACAAGAGACAUAAAACAAUUUUAAGGGGUCCAAAAGGUAGGUAAUUGAUGAUGCACUAAAACUCCUCUCCUAUGUGUGACUCCUACAAGCAGGGGGUGUGUUUUGCUCAUGCAGGUUUUCAUCUAAUCUUCUGAAAGUGGAAGGUGAAUCACAGUCUGGCUCUCUUUCCUUGUUUUCAGGGACUUGGCAGACACAAGGAGUAAGUCACCGCAGCCAGGUUUUGCAGGAGCCCAAGACCAGGAACCAUGAGGAAGUGUAAAUUUGUUUCCGUUUGUCUGGAACAUCGCACUGCUUUGACUUCAUGGCUCUCAUUCCUUGAGCAAUCAGCCCAUUUGUUAGAGACUUUCCUUUGAGGCAUGCAAAGUCAAGGGGGGGGAGAGGUGCAGUACCUCCUCUGUUGCCCAUCGCCUCAACGACACUGUAAAUACUCACUCAUCUCUCGCUAGCACAGACUUUCCUUUGGGUGCAUUCAGACAUCACAGCUUCCUCAGCAUUAAGUGGCAUUCAUUUAGUCAUCAUUGCUUUUGGUGUUAAUUUCAGUAUGAUGCCCCAGUGAUGCCACAGAACGUGCCCCAGAUUUUCCUAGGGAAGCAGAUAACAGUGGGUCUGUUUUGGCCAAUACCUCCAGGAGCAAAUGGAAAGCCAGGCAGAAGCAAUACAGUAAUUGAACUGUUUAGCUUUUCAUGAACCUGUGGCACAGAAGGAGGAAAUGCUCAAGCCAGAGAUGUUUCCGAGGUACACAGUGCACUGCUAAAAGAGUGGUGAUAUUAUACAGAUACUAGAUUGAGCCCUGCGGUAAGAGUGUGGCCAUGAAGCACCCUCUCUUUGCAUCGUAUGUGAUUUCCAUGUUGCAACACUCCAUAGUAAGUCAUAUACUGUGUGUAAAUAGGACAAGAGUCGUUAACUUGGGCAUUCUGUGAUUUAGUCAAACCCAAGCAGCAAACUUCUAAAAUAAUUUCCAGCAGGAUUCAGAGGGCAGUGGCAAAUAACCACUUUGCAAAACAUGAUGUUGUGAUGAAAGUUUAAAUUCUCCUUAGUGUUUGACGCAGUGACCGAGAUGCCCAGAAUUGUAGGGGCUUUAAGUCGGGUCAGGUGUCCUUUCAUGUACUUGAGAGACUGAAGCAGGAUGGACAAUUCUAACUGAAGGAUCGGUGGAAGAUGGCAACAUGAACCUUCCAUUUCAAAGAGAAGCACUGUGCUUUUAAUAACCGCACGGCACUGAAAAAAUUUAUUCAGCUAUUCCAAUCUCAAACAAAGCCUGCCACUGCCAGUACCAUGUUAUGCCCUCCAAUUGCCAUAUACUAUUUUAUUAUCAGGCAGGGGUGAUGUAAUUCCAGAUUCACAGGCCUGAUCUGCCCUUGCUAUCAUAUUUUUCUGCCCCCUCUUCCAAGACCCAACCAAAUUUGGCAGCAGCAAAGGAAGAGGGGAAAUAACACAGAGGGCCAGCCCAGCACCCAGAUAGGGGUGCAAAUCUCUCACUUCCCGGUCAUCAGACCAACUUUAAUGAAGAGGAAGCAAGACCCACUGCCAUCACCCUUAACUGAUCUGCACAGAUCAGCUGAAGAGGAAAGCUGUCUGCCUUUGUGCAUAAGACAGCAUGGGGUGGUCACAGCCACAACUUGUCCCUGGAGGGUUGGGCCAAGGUGGGCUUGUCCCCCUGGGCCAGUAAAAAGGCCACCCACCCAUUAGAAGGUCUGCAUAAAUAAAAUCUAAACUUCUAUCUGGUAAUGGUUUGUUUUGGGGUAGAACACUGAGCACAUUUUUUCUUUUCAGCAAAGGAAUCUGAAGACUGUGCAGGGGGGCAAAUAUUAAGCUUAGCUGUUUGGUAGGAUCAGAUUACAGUGGUACCUCGGGUUACAUACGCUUCAGGUUACAUACGCUUCAGGUUACAGACUCCGCUAACCCAGAAAUAGUGCUUCAGGUUAAGAACUUUGCUUCAGGAUGAGAAUAGAAAUCGUGCUCCGGCGGUGUGGCAGCAGCAGGAGGCCCCAUUAGCUAAAGUGGUGCUUCAGGUUAAGAACAGUUUCAGGUUAAGUAUGGACCUCCAGAACGAAUUAAGUACUUAACCCGAGGUACCACUGUAUUGCCUAGACUCGCAUUAUUUUCUUUCACAGUAAAUGAUAGUAUUAGAAAAAGCAUGAAUAGCAAAGUACUUUGCUGUAGUUAAAGACCACAAUCCACCACAAAGACUCAUUGUAGACUUAAUGGCAAACCAUGGUUUGUUGCUACAAAUAUGAGUGGCAGGGUUAUGCUCCCUUCCCUCCCUCUGGCAUGCUUAUUUCUCUGGGGAGAGCUAAGCCAUGAGCCCAGAUCGUCACAGCAGCAGAAUGAGCAGCGUUGCAAUUGGAAGUUUCUGAACAGAGGUUGUGUGGCCAUGUGCCAGGGUUUCGUUAGGGGUUGGACUAAAUGACCUGUGGGGGACCUUCCAGCUCUAAAAUUCGAUGAGUCUACGAUUCCUCUCUAGGAGCCCACGAUGGUUCAUUCAAACCACAUCAUGGUUUAGCUUAGUGUUGUGUGUGAACCAGGUCCCUGUCUCAGUAAUUUUUGGAGCAACCCUGUAAGCCUUUUUUUUACUCCCCCCCCC